AGGUCUUUGAACCUCCAAGGAACGCCCCCAUUUUAUAGGGAUGGGUACUGUGGGGGACAGCGAUCCCGACGAGGUGGGUGUUAGGCUGGGGGGAGCCCCGACAAAAAUGUUAUUAACUUAAGUUGGAGGGACACUUGUGUGAAAUUGGAUGGCUGGUAAGAUGGCGGUUCCCAGUUGUUUCCAAGGUCUUGUGCAUUUGUGUUGAAAAGGGUAAAGUUUUCAAGGUGGUAUUUGUUGGGAGUCGUGGACAGAGGUUCCAUACGUACUUGGGGCAAGCUCUUUGGGAGGUGGGCAUUUCAAAUUUAGAGCUUUGUUUUGGAGUGAAGACGGUGACUGGACGUUAGCCUUGCUGAAGCUUUCUCCCCCCUCCUUUUUUUCUUCUUUUCCCUUGAAGACAACUACAACUUUCCUCUUUGCUGUGGGAUGAGCCGAGACUUGGGUCCAUUGCAUUUUAUAGAUUUUGUUCAAUGUCAGAAUAGGUCAUGUAGUUAAGGGGAUGCUUCGGGGAAGGAGCACUAACGCGUUGAUUGCUUAUGUUUACGUAGUCAUUUGGACUUGACAGCGCUGGGGCAUGAUCUUUUCCCCAGAGCUUUACAGUUAAUAAUUGGAAAUAAACAAGGAGAGAGACUUUGAUCAUUCCCAAUUGCAAUAAAAGGAUUUAGUGGGCUUAGUGGUCACGGUUCAAUAUCUGAAAGAGAAUUGAGCAUUAACCCCUUCUCUUAAAGUAGACAAAAUUCCGGGCAUAUUUACCCAAAUGCAGAUGUGUGAUGGUAAUUCAAGCUACUUUUAAAGGAGCUUCCCCAACCUUUGGGAACAUGUUGUAAAACGUAGUAAAGACUUGAUACUAGAGGAUGUAAAAAUGUGGACAGCAUGAGUUCUGAGACUAUGUAGUAACAUUUGGGUCUUAAGUAGACUAGUGAGAUUAAGGAGAAUUAAUCGAGGUUGUUUUUUUUUGUAAAAUUAUUUUAUAUACUGUGUUUAUAAUCUAUAGUAAAUUGUAUUUUUCCAUGUCUUCUAUGAAAGGGAAAUAUUUGAAAUAAUCUACGAGGGCAAAUUAUACUAUUGUAAUAAUAUCUUUAAAACUAUGUAAAAGAUUGUGUGUGCAUGUGUAGACACUCAGAUACCACAUACAAACUUUUGUAAGGCAUGUAAGCAUUCGGAUAUAUUUGAUAAGUCCAUUGACAAUCUACCACUGAGCUCUUGAAUGUAUGUUGUGUCCAAAUGGGCAAAGUUCUCCCCAUCAGUCAGGUCACCCCCAAAGUCACCCACACUUGCAUUUGUGCUGUGAGCCCCCAGUGGGAUUAUGGAGUUCAUUUGCAUUUCUUAGGUUGCUACCAUCAGAGCUGGCCUCUGUCUUCCUUCACAUUGACAUCACUGGUGUUAGGCCUCCAACUACAACUGACAGCUCCAACUAACUAAGCUGUAUUUCUACUAUUGAGUAUUUUCAGCGUUUUAUGCUGGUUGCAUUUUUAUGAUUUGUGCAAGAGGUGCACCUCUGGGGUGCAAGAGGCUAAGUCUCACCAAACAUUCUAGGAAGUCUUCAUGAGAUUGUCCGUAUUAUCCAAUAGGGUAAAAUGAUGAAGAAUUGAUGUUCUUGAUGUUCGUAUCAGUAACAAAGUGAUAAUUGAUUAGCAUUAAGAAUGGUUGUAGGCCAAAUUACUUUCAUCUGUGGGAGGGCAGUUCCGUGAAUUCCAAUUUAAGGUGAACUUGAGAGACUUUGGUCAAGUGGCUCAAAGAGAACUAACUGGUGUCCCCUCUGUUGAGGUCCUGCUCUCUGGGUUGGUAUUUGCUCUCUUGUAGUAGAGUGACACGAGAGGAUGCAAGGCUCUGUGGUGUGAGGACUGGGUAUGGUUCCUUUCAAGGCUCUUUCUAGGAGAGGCUGUGGUUUCACAGGAGAGUUGUCUUUAAUUGGGAAGAGUGGUCUUCAAUCCCCAAGUGCGGUUGGAUUUACAUCUUGCUCCUUAUUAGUGGCAUAACUUCAUCCACAGCUUCUCAGCCAUGUAGCUCACGCUAUUUGUUGACUGAGUCCCAAACUAGUAAUGCACAGGUUGAAGUCACUCUCAGGGAAGCUUUUUGGGUUUGGGCCAUCUUUAGUAUUCAUCCCUUUUAAUUCCAGUCUUGAGGUAUGCUGGUUGGUUUUUCCCUCUUCUGUAUUAAGCUUUCCUUAGAAUUAAAGUCCCAGGUGCAUUUUGUUAAAAUUAUGCAAGUUCCUGGAUUUUCAUUGCAGACAGCUCUGAGGCUGAGUCAGGUGUAGGUCAGUCUUGAUUUAGAUUCUGUGGUGGAUAAAAGGGUAGGCGAGGCUGCAUCCCCACAGCCACGUCCACACAGGUAACUGACUCCCUGAGUACUGUCUGCUGUGGUGUUGCUGACAGGUCUCAACUGCGAGUUUUCUAAAAUGUAUCUGUGAGUAUUGUAUGGAACUUAGGUGAGAAAAGACACCCCCCCAGCCCCCCUUACUCUGCAUUUAGCUUUGGGGAUGGGCUGGCCUCUUGACUUUUUGCACCUUGUCACUAUACCACCCACUAAAGUAGUUUUUCUGGUCUCCAGAAUAGUUUAUUCAAAUGGAAGUUUGCGCCUCCUUCUCUUGAGAAACUGAUUUCUGGAUUGAGCCCUUCCAAACACUUUGCAUGGCUCAUGUAAACUACUGGAGGCUUUCUAGAGAAGGGAGCCUUAGAAGUUCAGUGCAAUAAACGCCUCUGCAACUCCAGUCUUGCCGGGCAGGGCUAAGUGCACAGUUGGCAAUUCUCAAAAGAUCUCUAAGUAAGAUUUCUGACAUAGCGAAUGAUAACAGGACAGUCAGAAAAAGGCAAGAUGAGAAAUAGCUCUUCCUUCCCAACGGUCACAGAACAGACCCGGAGAGUGUCUGGAAUGGCCGGUGCACUCUCUUUGGGGUUGGAACUCUGGUGGCCGUCACCCGAGGAUCGACACCCUGCGUCCCCGCCCCGCCCCUCCCCCGCGCCCGGCACCCCGCACGCCCGCAGAGGCUGGGCUCGGCCAGCUCCGCGCAGAGUUGCAGCGGUGGCUGGAUGCCAAGUGUAAGUGUAAGUUGCUAUGGAAACCCCAACAGAGGCGAGUUCCGAAUCCGGAACAAGACCUAGCCCGGGGCACCUCGGGAUCCGCCCCUCACAUCCCGCUCGUGUCCGCGGCGCCCAGGCCUCAGCCGAGGCCCACGAGGGUCUUUUAUCAAGCAGAAAUGCAUCGAACAACCAGAAUCAAGAUCACUGAGCUAAAUCCCCACCUAAUGUGUGUCCUGUGUGGAGGGUACUUCAUUGAUGCCACUACCAUAAUAGAAUGUCUACAUUCCUUCUGUAAAACAUGUAUUGUGCGUUACUUGGAGACCAGCAAGUAUUGUCCUAUUUGUGAUGUCCAAGUUCACAAAACUCGACCACUACUGAAUAUAAGGUCAGACAAAACUCUUCAAGAUAUUGUAUACAAAUUAGUUCCAGGGCUUUUCAAAAAUGAGAUGAAGAGGAGAAGAGACUUCUAUGCAGCUCACCCUUCAGCAGAUGCUGCCAAUGGCUCCAAUGAAGACAGAGGAGAAGUUGCAGAUGAGGACCGGCGGGUCAUAGCUGACGAUGAGAUUAUAAGCUUGUCUAUCGAGUUCUUCCACCCAAGCAGGUCGGAUCGGAAAGUAACUAAAGAGAAGCCAAAGGAGGAGGUGAAUGAUAAAAGGUACUUGCGAUGCCCAGCAGCACUGACGGUGAUGCACUUGAGAAAGUUCCUCAGGAGUAAAAUGGACAUACCUAAUACUUUCCAGAUUGACGUUAUGUAUGAAGAGGAGCCUUUAAAGGACUACUACACGCUCAUGGACAUUGCCUACAUUUACACCUGGAGACGGAAUGGCCCACUGCCUUUGAAAUACCGAGUUCGGCCAACUUGCAAAAGAAUGAAGAUGAGUCAGCAGAGAGAUGGACUGACCGCGGCUGGAGAGCUGGAGAGUGACUCUGGGAGCGACAAGGCCAACAGCCCAGCGGGAGGUGCUCCCUCCACCUCUUCCUGCUUGCCCAGCCCCAGCACUCCAGUGCAGUCUCCUCACCCACAGUUCCCUCACAUUUCCAGUACCAUGAAUGGAACCAGCAACAGCCCCAGCGGUAAUCACCAAUCUUCCUUUGCCAGUAGACCUCGGAAAUCAUCAGUAAAUGGGUCAUCAGCAACUUCGUCUGGUUAAGAACUAAGGGGAAGAUUCUUCACCCCGUUUGAGAUACCUUCAUCCAUUACAGCUUAGAGAUGCUAAUACAUGUGACUGUCGUCCAGUUUGCUUCCUUUGUAGUGACAUUCAAUUUGGCUGUAAAAGAUGGACUAGAUGGGAUACUUUAUAUGGAUGUUAAGUGAAAAGAAAGAGUCUCUAAAGAAUUGGAUUCUGAGAAGGCGGGCAAGGUUUUUUCUGUUAGGAAAGAUGUGAAAUGGUUACUGUGACCGCUGUCUGGAACUGGAGGUGUUCUGCAGUGGGUAGACAGUGGGCCAUCCUUUGUUACUCUCCGCUGACGCCCAUAUUACAUUCUCUUCGGUUGUUCUUGUUGUUAUGCUGUUUGGUGACCCUGUAGAAAACAAGUGCUUUUAUCUCCAAGUUCAGCAAAUGGAAAGAAUAGGCAUAGAAUGCUGCAUUCUAUGUACCCAUGUCACUGUGAAUAACAAUUUCUUGCAUAUUUAGCCAUUCUAAUUCCUGUUUGAUUUUUACUUCUCUGUUGCUACGCAAAAUGAUCAAAGGAAACUUGUUUUACAAUCUGUAUGCCUAAAAAAGCGGGUACUAGCGUUUAUUUUCCUGACUUGUUUAAAUGAUUCGCUUUUGUAAGAAUCAGGUGGCAUUAUGCUUAUUGUACAAUGCCAUAUUGGUAUAUGACAUAACAGGAAACAGUAUUGUAUGAUAUAUUUAUAAAUACUAUGAAAAUAUUGUGUUUCAUACAUUCAAAAACAGUUGUAAACUUCUCUAAAUGGGUUCGACCUUUGCAGAUACACAGUGCACCCUAUGCUGAGGCUUGACACCAGCACAGAAUUGUUUUAAUGUUGAUGGCUAGUUUCAGAGUCUUUUCCACUGAGAAGCAAAUGGCAGAUCUUCAUAGCUCUGGCUUUUCUCCAAUAAGACUUUCAGAAUUAAUGUUGCAGUAAGGAAAAAUUUUAACCAAGGCAAAUGGAAACUGUUUUAAUUUUCAAUUGGUUAAAAUAGAACUAAUGUGUCUUUAAAUACUAUUUAUCAGUGGACUUCUAAAAUAGAUUUUAAAGCCAGCCAGUUAGUUGCUGAAGUAAAACAUUUUAUCUACAACUUUAUUUUAGUGUGUGUGGCACAAUAGUAAUUUCAAAUUUAAGAGUUGUUUUCAUAGUUAAAGGAAUCUGCCUUCUCUGUAAUAUCUGGAAAUAGAAGCAAUUUACUAUGAGUUUCUACAGGUAUUUUUAAAUAGAGCAAACAUGUUGAGUUUAAAAUAUGAAUGACCCUACCAAGUCUCAGUUUGCUUUGGUCGAACUUAGCGUGUGUUUAUCAGCCACCAGUUAUCUGUGAGGACGUUUCUUCCAUAUGAAUCGUUUCAUGUUUGUAUGGACCCUGUAGCUAAGCAUUUCAUGGUCUACAGUCUGCAAAAGAAGCACAAUUCUAUUGCUUUGUCUUGCUCAUAGCCAUUAAAUCAUUACUUUUACAUAUAUUGCUGUUACUUCUGCUUUCUUUAAAGAUUUAGUAAAUGUUUUAUGAAGCCACAAAAUACAUAUAUUUUUAUUUUGACCUAAAUUUGUACAGUCCCAUUGUGUGUGUGUCAUUUCUAAUUAUAGAUGUAAAAUUGAAUUUCAUUUUUAAUUGGGAAAAUUCAAUAAAAGGAUAUUCAUUUAGAAAAUAGCUAUGAUCUUUAAUUAAAAUUCUGCUAUGAAAAGCACAAUGUGCAGAAGUUUUGGGAACCCUGUAGACUGUAAGAGCUAAAACCUAAGGAGAAUAGUUGUUGUCAAAUGAUGUUGUCAGUAAUUGCUUUGUUGUACAUUGCUUGGAAGCCCAAUGAAAGGAGUAUCUGUUUAUUUACAAUCUUUGAAGCAAAAGUUACCAAUGUUUACCAAUUUUGGUGAAUUUAACUCAUUUUUCUAGACUUUUCUCGAGGUUUUCACAGCGUUAUCUAAGACAAAAGACAUCUCACCCUCUAUGAUGGACUUACUUCUGAGUGCUUUUGUUAAAGCCUCAGAGGCUUACUAAGCAGUGUGUCACCAUACUUGAAAACAUUUCCAUUUAUUGUAUCUGGGAGGAGGCUUUUUACCCUUACUCAAUUUGAAAAUUGCUUAAGCUUAAAGGAUAUUUCAGUCAAAAUUUGUCUUUUAAUAAAACAACAGAAAGAUA